GAGAGAGAGAGGGAGAGGGAGGGAGGAUCGCUCUUAGCUGCCGAGGCCAAGAAUUGCUCUCGUUGGUGGGCAGCCAUGGAUGGACGAAGCCCUCAAGAUGAAGAAGAGUCUUCGUGCCAAGGCGGAGGUGAGCGGCUUCUCAUGUGCCCCCGGAGCGCCUGCUACAUGAAGAGUUCGCAGGGCUCCCCCCCCCGCUUGCCCAACGAGUUUCUGCGGAGAGCCCACAGGAUGGAGGCGCUGAGGAGGCCGAGCCUCUUAGCUCCGAGGAGGAGCGGGCUCUGCUGACCUGUCGAGCGCGCGGAGGACCCUCUGCCUGCCGGGACAAUGAAGGAAGUGGUCUAUUGGUCCCCCAAAGCGGUGACGGACUGGCUGCUGGAAAAUGCCAUGCCCGAGUACUGUGAGCCCCUGGGCCACUACACGGGCCGAGACUUGAUCCACCUCACCCAGGAGGAUUUCUCCAAGCCCCCCCUCUCGCGGGUCUCCUCCGACAAUGGGCAGCGCUUGUUGGACAUGAUCGAGACGCUCAAAAUGGAGCACCACCUGGAGGCCCACAAGAACGGGCACGCCAACGGGCACCUGAGCAUGGGCACGGGCGGCCCGGGGCCCGACGGCAGCUUCAGCGGCAAGGCCAAGCACAACGGGGUGCCCAACGGCUACCAGGGAGGGCUGGAGAUGAUCCAGAUCCCCAUGCCCGAGCUGGAGCGCUCCCAGUACCCCAGGGAGUGGGGCAAGACCCUGCUGGCCUUCCUGUACGCCCUGUGCUGCUUCGUGUUCACCACCGUGACCAUCUCCUUCGUCCACGAACGAGUGCCUCCCAAGGAGACGCAGGCGCCGCUGCCCGACACCUUUUUUGACCGAUUUAACCGGGUGCAGUGGGCCUUUUCUAUCUGCGAAAUCAACGGUUUGAUCCUCGUGAGCCUCUGGUUCGUUCAGUGGCUGCUCUUAAAAUACAAGUCCAUCAUUAGCCGAAGAUUUUUCUUCCUAGUUGGCACGCUGUACCUGUACCGGUGUAUCACCAUGUAUGUAACCACCCUCCCAGUACCCAGCAUGCAUUUCAACUGUUCUCCAAAGCUGUUUGGAGACUGGGAAGCUCAUUUACGGAGGAUAAUGAAGAUGAUAGCGGGGGGCGGCCUGUCCAUCACAGGCUCCCACAACUUAUGUGGAGACUUUCUCUACAGUGGGCACACAGUCAUGUUGACCCUGACGUACUUAUUUAUCAAAGAGUAUUCCCCUCGGCGACUUUGGUGGUACCAUUGGGUUUGCUGGAUUCUCAGCGUGUCCGGAGUCUUCUGUAUCCUCUUGGCACAUGAACACUACACUGUGGACGUCGUGGUGGCUUACUACAUCACCACCAGACUUUUCUGGUGGUAUCACACAAUGGCUAAUCAGCAAGUGCUAAAAGAAGCUUCCCAAAUGAACCUCCUGGCGAGAGUAUGGUGGUAUAAGCCCUUCCAGUACUUUGAAAAGAACGUCCAAGGAAUUGUACCUCGGUCUUAUCACUGGCCUUUCCCCUGGCCCAUGGUCCAUCUCAGUAGACAAGUGAAAUACAGUCGUUUGGUGAACGAUACAUAACGGCUGUUCCAGUUGGAAGAGAGCUGUCCAAAGUACUAAGGACUCCACGAGAGAAAUCGCCAUAAAAUCAACGCCUCCCUAAUCCUUUGAUCUUUCAACAGUUACCUUGACUUAACCUAGUGAGUUACCUGGUCAGCACUGUGAUCUUUUUUUUUUUUUUUCCUCUCCAAAGGACCUGCGUUGGACACCAAUAAAGAGAAUUUAACUUAUCAUGCACUGUAUGCAUUUCUCGUUGAUAGGUUGGGGAUUUACAUGACCCAUGACCAUGCUCCUUUGUAUAUGAUGCGGCAGCAUAAACAUAAGCUUUUAUAUCCUCAGUUCUGGUCUUUCCAGCCCAGCCUGGAAAUAAAGCGUAUUAUUUUCUUGGGAAAACAUACUUUUCAUAUCUCUUUGCCCCAAAGAUUGGGCUGUAAGCCAUUUUCUAGCAAACGUCUAUAUGAAGGUUUCUAAGCACCUGAACGGAAUUCCAUUCAGAGCUCUUUCUUCUACCUGUUGCGCCGAUAGUCAAGUGAAAAAAAAAAAUAAAAAAGGUAGAUGCGGGAACGUUUGGUAACUUUUGAUUUUGUAAAAAUCAGCAGCGAUGGUGUCAAAAAAAGUGCAAAAAAAAAAAAACCACAGAUUCUGUUGUAAAGUGAUUUUCUAAGUAUUUCCUAACUUUAUUUUUCAAGAUGUCUAUGAAAUCUAAAUUUAAAGAUUUUUACAUGUCAGAGAGAGGAGAGUGAAUACUUAAAAGUGCUUCUUGGCAGAAAGAUUUGUCCAUGUAUCUAGUGCCUUUCUUGUCUCGAUUGUAUGGUCAGUAGGCAAUCGUCAAUGUUUUUCUUUGAAAUAAAAGUAUUCCACAAAGCCACGAUGAUAUGUACACACGACUCAGUUUUGCAUCUCUUGCUAAAAUGAAUCAUCAACGUCUCCUUCUGGUGUUGAAAUUGCUGCGAAUCGAAGAUGUGGGAAGGGAGCCUUUCCCGCGCCCGUGCCCGAUCGCCCGUCGUGUGGCCAGGCGCAGGGACGAGGCUCCCUCGAGUUCUUUUCCUGUCUCUCUGGUGGCUCGAUUUUCACGAGGCCAUAAAAACAGCCAUGAAUCCAUUCCCUUUUUCUAGAAAGGGUGGCGGGUGAUCUCGAUGGAAGCCGCGAACGUCGCGAGUCCGUGUAGCCCUCCUCCUGACCAUGCGGUUGGCCAAAUCACAGCAGUGACGGUGACGAGAGAGAGGUGGAUGUCUUUAAAAUAUAUUUGUGCAGAAACUGCAUGUCCCUCCGAGUCUCCCCCCGGCCAGACGCUGGCUUGGGGAGGUUCUUCUAUCCUAUCCUUGCCAAUGUGCAGAACAAACUAGUUUUUUAAGAAUGAAGAAGUCUAUAUAUCCAUUCUGUAUUUUACGUGCAGCAGAAUUAUCUUCUGUAGGGUUUUUUUUGUGUAUUCACAAGGUGAUAUUUGUAUUGUAAAACAAUAAUGGUGAAGGAAAUAAAGGCUUUUAAAAAAAAAAAAA